UAUUUACAAUAAUCUUUCGCAAAACAUAUGUUUAUUAAGAUGAUUGUGCAAACAUUAAAAGCUGGUGGAUUUUUGAAAUCUUGUGAUGUUUUCUUAAGAUCCUUAGCGUGGUGUCAGCGACAAGCACUAUCAACUUCAGCAGCAAAGCUGUCCGCAUAUGAAUGCGAUGGCAAAACAAAAGUUACAAUUUUUAAUACGGAGGUUAACCUCGGUUUAAUGAUUACAGGAUAUAGUCAAUUUGGUUUUCGAUUGAACAAUGACAUGGUUUUAAUUGGACCCAUAACAGUUUUUCCCAGAUCGGUACUAUCUUGGAAUGUCAACUCCUAUGAUGACAUAAAUGAGAAAAGUCUUGCGCUCUUUCCCACAUUGGAGCCAAAAAUAGAUGUCCUUAUUAUAGGUAUUGGAGAUCAAAAUCCCACGCCGUCUUUAUCAAAGCGAAUUAUUGAAUUUAUGAAAAACUAUAAAAUCAAUGUGGAAGUUUUACGUACAGAGCAGGCAUGUGCUACAUUUAAUUUCCUAAACGCUGAAAGUCGAAUGGUCGCCUGUGCGCUUAUACCUCCAUUACAUAUUGCCUACAAUGAAAACGACGUACUUCAAACAAAGUUAAAGCAGAAACAGCUUUAUGAAACAGAGUAGAGAUUGUAGUACAUAUGUAUAGCACUUUAUCUCGAAAUGUAUUUAACUAUUUAUAGCAAAUAACAAAGAGUCUUACAAUUUGU